AUGGCCGCCGAUUCCGGCAAAGGUGCCCGCCACUUCCUCGGAUGGCCGACCUGGAGAUCGGGCCGGCGUCGCCGGGCUCGGAGGGCGCCGUCGCUGGCGUCGAGCGUGGGCGCCUCCGGGGAGCGGCCCGACCAGUCGCCGCCGCGGCUGGCCAAGCGCCCAGGCCUCGUCAUGUCCUUCUCGGGGAAGCGGCUGGACCAGUCGCCGGCCGGGUCGCCGUCGCAGUCGCGCCCGGUGCUGGUCAUGUCCCACUCCAGCAACCGCCUCGACCAGUCGCCCGCGCGCCCGGUGCUCGUCAUGUCCCGCUCCAGCAACCGGCUGGACCAAUCCUCCCCGGCGUCAUCGCCGGCGCCCGUGAGGGGGGCCGUGCUGGUCAUGUCCGGCUCCAACAAUCGGCUGGACAGCUCGUCGCCGUCGCCGUCGCCGACGGCCGCGGCCGCCGCCGCGCCCGUGCUAGUGCUCUCCAACUCCGGGAAGCGGAUGGACCAGGCGGGGCGGAAGAAGUACGUCAAGCAGGUGACGGGCCGCCACAACGACACGGAGCUCCACCUCGCCGCGCAGCGCGGGGACCUCGAGGCCGUGCGCCAGAUCAUCGCCGAGAUCGACGCGCAGAUGACCGGCACCGGCGAGGAGUUCGACAGCGUGGUCGCCGAGAUCCGCGCCGCGAUAGUGAACGAGGCCAACGAGAUGGAGGCCACCGCGUUGCUCAUCGCCGCCGAGAAGGGGUUUCUUGACAUCGUCGUCGAGCUGCUCAAGCACUCCGACAAGGACAGCCUCACCAGGAAGACCAAGUCCGGAUUCGAUGCUCUGCACGUCGCUGCAAGAGAGGGCCACAGAGAUAUUGUCAAGGUACUUCUGGAUCAUGAUCCAUCCCUUGGGAAAACGUUUGGCCAAUCGAAUGUGACUCCUCUCAUAACUGCGGCGAUUAGAGGCCACACCGCGGUGGUGAACCUGCUGCUGGAGCGAGUUUCUGGGUUGGUUGAGUUAUCGAAAGCAAAUGGAAAGAAUGCCUUGCACUUUGCUGCUCGGCAGGGGCAUGUGGAAAUCGUGCAGGCUUUGCUAGAUGCUGAUACCCAGCUUGCUCGGAGGACUGAUAAGAAAGGUCAGACUGCUCUACACAUGGCAGUAAAAGGAACUAGCCCUGAAGUUGUUCAAGCUCUUGUGAAUGCCGAUCCAGCAAUAGUCAUGCUACCUGACAGAAAUGGCAACUUAGCUUUGCAUGUUGCAACCAGAAAGAAAAGAUCAGAGGUUUCUCUCCUUUUGCAGAUUGUAAAUGUGCUUCUGCUUCUUCCAGAUAUGAACGUGAAUGCAUUGACUAGGGAUCGGAAGACUGCAUUCGACAUAGCCGAGGGCCUUCCACUGUCAGAGGAGUCUCAAGAAAUAAAGGAGUGUUUAUCCCGUGCUGGUGCAGUCAGAGCAAAUGAUCUGAAUCAGCCUCGGGAUGAGCUCAGAAAAACAGUGACAGAGAUAAAAAAGGAUGUGCAUUCUCAGCUUGAGCAGGCCAGAAAAACAAACAAAAAUGUCUAUGGUAUCGCAAAGGAGUUAAGGAAACUCCACAGAGAAGGCAUCAACAAUGCAACAAAUUCGGUCACUGUUGUGGCGGUGCUCUUUGCCACAGUGGCAUUUGCUGCAAUCUUUACAGUGCCUGGCGGUAACACCAACGAUGGUGUAGCAGUAGUUGUGCAUGCAGCAGCCUUCAAGGUCUUCUUCAUCUUCAACGCCAUUGCCCUUUUCACAUCUUUAGCAGUAGUGGUGGUCCAGAUAACACUGGUUAGGGGUGAGACCAAAGCAGAGAGGCGUGUGAUCGAGAUCAUCAACAAGCUGAUGUGGCUGGCUUCAGUGUGCACGACAGUUGCGUUCAUAUCCUCCUCGUACAUCGUAGUGGGGCGGCACUUCAAGUGGGCGGCGCUUCUGGUGACCCUGAUAGGUGGGGUGAUCAUGGCCGGUGUGCUUGGUACAAUGACAUAUUACGUGGUGAAGUCCAAGCGCACACGUAAAAUCAGGAAGAGGGUGAAGUCGACAAGGAGGAGCGGCUCAAACUCAUGGCAGCACAAUUCGGAGUUCUCGGAUUCAGAGAUCGACCGUAUUUACGCCAUAUGA